ACGUCAUAUCCAGUAUGUAGGUUAAUUUUUUGUACAGUAGGUUCAUUUCUGUACAGUAGAUUUGUUUCUGUACUGGUUAUUUACGACGCUCCGCGAAGGCAGCGUGAGCUCCAUUCUCUGUGUAACUGCCGCCACCUUCCGGCGGAAGCUGUCAAUGUAACUUCACAGUACCCUCAAUGAAAGAGACUCGACAUCAAUUGCAACAGCCAUACUUAACAUUCUCGGUGGUUUCGCUCAUUCUAGCACAAUAUCCGCUGAACCACAGUCAUUUUUUCCGCAUUAUUCCUCCGCUACAUCACACCGAGCGGCCACAACAGACAACAGCGCCCCCUGGCUGCGUUCACGGGCCCCGCAUCACGCAGGGAAGAAAAGCUCCAUCAUCCUCCUGCGAUACGAGCAUCGUUUCGGUGGAGCUAGGGCAUCCUCCCUACCCUUCGACACUCAUGACUACCGAUUAGGGCCGCUGAUUAACGGACAAACAGAGGGGAUAUAAGGACAGUAUAAUGGCCAAACACCGCAAAGAAAGAGACAGCUGGGGUGAGUGGUCCCUCAGUGACAAAAAUGUCUACGACUGGAGCUCAGAGGAGGAGGAGCCGGAUGGACGGGCCCGGCCAGUGCAGGUGCUGCUGGUCAAAGACGACCACACCUUUGAGCUGGAUGAGGCGGCGCUGAGUCGCAUCCUGCUGGCGGAGGAGGUCAGAGACCGUGAGGUGGUGGCCAUCUCUGUGGCUGGAGCUUUCCGCAAGGGCAAGUCCUUCCUCAUGGACUUCAUGCUGCGUUACAUGUACAACCAUGCAUCUGAAGGCUGGCUCGGAGAUCCAGAGGAGCCUCUGACCGGCUUCUCCUGGAGGGGGGGCUCAGAGAGGGAGACCACCGGGAUCCAGAUCUGGAGCGAGGUCUUCCUGGUGGACAAGCCAGAUGGCAGAAAGGUUGCUGUGUUACUAAUGGACACACAAGGCACGUUUGACAGCCAGUCGACACUGAGGGAUUCAGCCACUGUGUUUGCACUCAGCACCAUGAUAAGCUCCAUGCAGGUUUACAACAUCUCUCAGAAUGUACAAGAGGACGACCUUCAGCACCUGCAGCUUUUCACUGAGUACGGCAGACUAGCUAUGGAGGAGACUUUCCUCAAACCAUUCCAGUCGAUGAUCUUCCUCGUUCGAGACUGGAGCUUUCCAUAUGAGUUUCCUUAUGGACAGGAGGGGGGCAUGAAGUUCCUCGAGAAGAGACUUAAGAUCUCAGAGAACCAGCAUGAGGAGCUGCAGAACGUGCGCAAACACAUCCACUCCUGCUUCACCAACAUCUCCUGUUUCCUGAUGCCUCACCCCGGCCUCAAGGUGGCCACCAACCCACACUUUGAUGGAAGAAUUAUAGAGAUCGACGGUGAGUUCAUAAACAACCUGAAGGUUCUGGUCCCAUGGCUUCUCAGUCCUCGUAACAUUGACGUGAAGGAGAUCAAUGGCAGCAAGAUCACCUGCAGAGGCCUGCUGGAGUACUUCAAGGCGUACAUCAAAAUCUACCAAGGUGAGGAGCUGCCACAUCCGAAGUCCAUGCUGCAGGCCACAGCAGAGGCGAAUAAUUUGGCAGCAGUCGCGGCUGCAAAGGAUCUGUACAACAAGAAAAUGGAGGAGGUCUGCGGCGGUGACCGGCCCUUCCUGGCCCCCAGUGAGCUGCAGGCUCGACACAGCAACAUCAGAGAGGAGGCCCUGCAGGUGUUUAGGGGCGUGAAGAAGAUGGGAGGCGAGGAGUUCAGCCGCCGCUACCUGCAGCAGCUGGAGGGAGAGAUCGACGAGGUGUUUGUCCAGUACAUCAAGCACAAUGACUCCAAGAACAUUUUCCACGCAGCCCGGACGCCGGCCACCCUGUUUGUGGUCAUCUUUGUCAUGUACGUGGCUGCGGGCAUCACGGGCUUUGUGGGCGUGGACAUCAUUGCCAGCUUGUGUAACAUGAUCCUGGGCCUGGCACUGAUCACUCUCUGCACCUGGGCCUACAUCCGGUACUCCGGGGAAUACCGAGAACUCGGCGCCGUCAUCGACCAGGUGGCUGGUGCACUGUGGGACCAGGGGAGCACAAAUGAGGCUCUCUACAAGCUGUACAAUGUAGCAGCCAAUCACAGGCACCUGUAUCACCACGCCUUCCCCGGCGGGCCUCAGGUGGAAGAGGUUGCAGAGGAGCAGGACAAGAAGAGGGACUGAUUAGAUAAGACAGAGGACAGCACGGACUUCCUGGUGAUGGACAGGAGGAGGAGGGACAUCCUCACCCAUCAGGCACUCUUUUAUCCUGGUAUUGGCUGGUGCUGUCCACCAAUACACCCACUACUCUAAACCUAACAACAGACUGUAUAAUGUUCAUGUAUCGGCAGAGCAUCCUCUCAGUGGGCGCCUGCUCUCAAAGCGAUGGAUGCCAUUUAUCAGUGUCUCACUUUUCGUCUGUGAUAAAACAUCACCUGUACAGAUACUGUCUCCCGCAGGAGCCCACGGCAACCUCCGGUCACCUGUUGAUUUCACAUAUGACCUUUUUUUUUUUUUUUUUCCCCCCCUCCAUCAUUUGUCACCAUUUGAUGAUUUUCAAAAGUAUAGCCAAAUCUGUGAAACCCUCAUUUGUGACGAUUGUUCUGUUCUUUGAAGUUUAGUGCUGUUUAUAAGAAACAAUAUCUAUCGACCUGCGAUGUUUGAAAGCCAAAAUAUGUACUGUAUGUUAAAUAAUGACGCGUUACAAGCAUCAUCAGCAUGGUAAGUGGUUAAUGUCUGUCAUCUUUAAGCUCUAAAUCCAGGUAUACUUUAUAAAAAGUUUUAAUAGUUGUGACAAAGUGGUUAUUGUGCCAUAACAUGUAAAAAAAAAAUGGUUUCACAUCUGCUGCAGCGUGGCUACAUGCAGACACUCGAUGGCACAUUUAUUAGUUGUAUACAGUUUUUGUCCUGGAGGUUGAUUUCUGCAUCAGGGAGUCGCUUUGUGCUUUCAAAUAACAGCAGCACCGGGUGGGAAGACAAAAAUAGUUCAAAGUUUACACAACAUAGCCGACAUUAUCUCUCACUUUGUAGUCUGCUUGCAGUUUUGUAAUUACGCAGUGAUCCUCGCUCUAUAUGUGUUUGGUCUUUGAGGUUGGGGGGGUGGGGAUGGGGGUGGGGGGGCGUUUCUAUUGUGAUGUAGAGGUGGUGGGUGAAAACCAUUGUUGUGUUUCUCUCUGAAUGUUCGAGCAAAUCCGAGGAAUGUAGCUAUUCUGUGGUCACUGAGGAAUCAAAGCUAGUUGUUAUUAGGCGGGGUGACAGCAGGCCUGCUUUGGAAAAAAAGAAAAAAGAAAAGGAUCCUCAUUCCACAUCUCUUUCAUCAUCUUCACACACUUAAGUUGAAUCAUCUGUGAAAAAACUGUUGCAUGGUGAAAGAAGCCAGGCCCCGACUUUUUGUGUGUAUGUGUGUGUGUGUGUGAGAGUGUGUGUGUGUGUGUUAACAAAAGGCUUGUAUUGGUGACAGCACUUUUUGGUGUUUGAAUACGUUGGCUUCGUAGACUGUUACUGUACAUUUGUGUGGUUAUUGUUUUUAGCUCACAGAGUAACCCCCGAAUCACAGAGCUCACUGUAAAACGUCUGCAUCACACACAGCUGCAGCAUUCAAGCUUUUUGUUUUUUCUUUCUCUCUCUGGUCACCGACAGUACAGGAACACUGUCAUGCAUAUUUAGCAAGUUUAUACUGAGGUUUGACCUCAAGGGUUGGAAAUUUAAAGGCACUGCAGCAGAGUGGCUUCUUGAGUCUUCCACAAUGUAUAAUCAGCAUCAGUGAGGCCUUCACACAAAGACCCAUCUAAGUCCAGUUUAAGAUUCGUGAGGUUUGAAAAUCCCAUUUCUUCACGUUCAUUCAUGAGUCAGAGAAGUAGCAUUUGUUUACAUUGUGUUCCCAAAUUAAAUCAUAGUAAAAAGAUUUUAUCUGUUUAAAGAGUAUGUAAAAAAUGUAUCACAACAUAUUAUUCUUGGAUUUAACAAUUCAUUCCUGAAGCCGCCCCCAUCGACACUUAAAUCAUCUCCGGAUAUCGUGGGAGCCUGAGUGUACUGAAAGGUCAAAUGAAUCAACCUCUUCCAAGUCGACACUGCUACGUUUCCGCACACGCAUUGCAAAAUUUCAGUUACAAGAAAUAACUAAUAAAGUUGGACCAAAUUAAUGAAAACUA